UGUCACCACUGAGCGCAUCGUCUCAGCCAAGCGCCUUGCACACACACACACUCUAUCACACACACGCACAGGAGAGCGUGCCACAAAUUCGGGACUCCGCGCCAGAUGCAGUUUGCUCCCCACAGCGCGUGUUGCUGAGUGGAGAUCGCGAAGGCAAGAGGAGCAUCAGAGUGCGUGGAGAAAAUGGAGAAAGUGGAGCCUGAGAAGCGAGGGCAUCAGCGCACGACACUGCUGAACAUUAUCUCGUCUUUAUGUUCGGUGGCGUCCGUCGCCUUCUGUGUCCUUCUGAGCAUUAACGCAGCGGACAUUCGGCACCGGGUUGUGGAUUUGGAGAGUGUGAAUGGCGGGCAGACCUUGAUCCGCGCACCCGGUUCCUCCAUGGACGACUUGAGCUCCCUGGUUCAACAGAGAGUUGAUGAGCUGCUCUCGCAGCGCUCCUAUGAAAAUUUGAUCAAGAUUCGGACUGCCAGACAAACAUCACCUGAAUGCAACUGCCCUCCAGGACCUCCGGGAAAGCGAGGAAGAAGAGGCCGCGAUGGAGAACCUGGACCUCCUGGUACUCCAGGUCCAAAGGGUGAAAAGGGGGAUCAAGGCGACCAGGGACCACGGAUGGUCUUCCCUAAGAUCAAUCAUGGCUUUCUUUCUGCUGACCAGCAGCUCAUAAAGCGACGUCUCAUUAAGGGAGAUCAGGGGCAGGCGGGACCGCCUGGGCCUCCGGGGCCACCGGGCCCUCCGGGGCCGAGGGGGCCUCCGGGGGACACGGGGAAAGAUGGACCCAGAGGUGUGCCUGGUCUAGCAGGGGAUCUGGGGCAGCCUGGAGAAAUAGGACCUGCGGGGCCUGAGGGGCCAGAGGGGCAAAAGGGUUCCCUUGGUGCUCCUGGAAGCCCAGGUGUUGAUGGACUGAAGGGGGAUGUUGGAAUCCCAGGAUUGGACGGUAUCCCCGGAGUCAAGGGUGAAAUAGGAGAGCGAGGUGAAAAGGGUGACAUGGGUGAGGACGGUCCGAAAGGCGAUACCGGGGAGAAGGGAGAUGCAGGCUCCUCUGCAGCUGGCAUCAAGGGUGAACCUGGAGAGUCCGGACGAAGUGGCCACAAGGGAGAGCCAGGACUUCCAGGGCUGCCUGGACUCCCAGGGAUAAAGGGCGAGCCUGGGUUCCUCGGCCCCCAGGGAGAGCCAGGGCUUCCCGGACUCCCGGGGACGAAGGGUGAGAGGGGAGACCACGGGCCACCAGGGAAGGGUGAGCGCGGAGAAAUUGGAUUUGUUGGACCAAAGGGGUCACAAGGAGAGACGGGUACACCUGGUCAUAAAGGGUCAAAGGGGGAAACUGGAGAUAAAGGAGACUUGGGAACCUUCGGCCCGAAGGGCCCCCCUGGGCAGAAAGGAGACCAAGGUGCCACUGAGAUCAUCGACUACAAUGGAAACAUACAGGAGGCUUUACAGAAGAUUACCACUAUUACAGUAACGGGUCCUCCUGGGCCUCCGGGGCCGAUCGGACCUCAGGGUGUAAAGGGGGAUCGAGGUCUGCCUGGUCUUCCUGGACUCGAUGGAGAAAGAGGCUAUAAGGGUUCUAAAGGAGACAUGGGAAUGCCUGGAGCUUCAGGGGAAAAAGGAGGAACUGGUUUAACUGGUCUACCUGGUGUGAAUGGGGUAAAGGGAGAAAAGGGCGACCUGGGUCUACCUGGUAUUCAGGGUCCUUCCAUUAUUGGCUCCCCAGGGCCUCUUGGGCCCCAUGGACCACCAGGACCCAUGGGACCCCACGGUUUCUCCGGAUCGAAGGGUGAACCUGGAUUGAAUGGUUUGAAGGGGAUGCGAGGGGAACCGGGUCACAAAGGGGAUCGUGGACCUCUGGGUCUCCCUGGAUCCUCCGGCUUGGACGGCAAGCCCGGAAUUGGGGGAAUGGAUGGACCGUCGGGUCCAGCUGGUCCCGCCGGGCCAAAGGGGGACAUAGGUGAGAGAGGAACACAGGGUGAGCCAGGACCGAGGGGACCUUAUGGACUACCUGGAGCUGCUGGAACACCAGGCUUGGACGGGUUGGCAGGCUUAAGGGGAGAGAAAGGCGACGAUGGGGAAAGAGGAGAAAAGGGGGAGAAGGGAAAGAAGGGCAAAAAAGGGCCUAAGGGGGAGAAAGGAGAACAGGGUGCCCCUGGAUUAGAUGCACCCUGCCCAUUGGGCCCAGAUGGAUUACCAAUACCUGGAUGCUGGCAGAAGUGAUCACUCUAACCCGAAACGCAUGGAGUUUGUAAAUAAUGCUUCUUUUAUGGUAUUUAUAGUUUUUUUUUAAUGGGGGUAAAAAAAAAAAGGAGAAUAGUCCAAAAGAGAAAAGAAGAAGUCUAUUUGUACAAUGAUACAAAAGAGAAGGAAAAAAAAAAGAGAUAACCGUCCCUAAGCUGCUUCUACUCACAUCGCUGUGUGAAAAUCAAAAACAAAAAAACACGUGUGUGUGUGUGUGUGUGCGCUCUCGCAUCCACGUCGUGGUGGUCGAGUUCAGAUCCUCGGCUGGCGGCAGAACUUGUCUCUUUGGAGUCAUCGCAUGGCUCAGAGUGGAGUGUCGCAGCCCAGCCAGAUUCUCGAGGGGGAAAGGAGAAGGAGGAGACGGAGGAGGAGGAGGAGGAGGAAGGGGAUCUGGACUGGCUCUCUAACACCAAACGCUAUAGGUGUUUUGUGUGUUUCGUCUCACCACCCCCUUCACGCAGCAUCAUUUUCUAGAAGACAAAAAAAAAGACUGUGCCAAACAGAACAUUGCACCCCUUACCCACGCCCCCCCCCCCCCCCCGCAAAAGCAUGAGUAGUGUACUGAAUCUAUAUUUAUAUGUAUUGUACAUACAUGUCACUGUUUUGUGGUUGCGUCAUGGCUUCUGCAGAGAAAGAAACACAACACUAACAUGGAAAAACAAACCCAGAGCUCUAAAUCAGUAAUUUUUUAUUUUUUAUUUUUUUUUGCUUUCCUUCAAUCUUCCCAAGGGAAUCACGCCGUGGCUGGUAGCCUGAAACCCCUCCCCCCUCCUCCCACAGAAAGUAGAGCUGUUGGUUAUUGUUGCUUUAUUGUGGUGCGGCCUGCAGAAGGGUCUGACAUCUGCAGGGGGUUGUUUUACUGUUGCACUUGGGGCCCAGCGUCAGAGGCACCGCAUGUCUCCGGAGGGGGGGGGGCAGGAAGACAAAACAAGGAUUUGGGACCGGACAGGUCUACUCGGGACCCCCCCCCCCUCUCGAAGGAUUCUGCAGGGGAGUCGUGGAGAUCUGCCUCUCAGGGUCAACGCCGAGCGCAUCAACAGAUGGCAAUCACUUAUAUCUUUACUUUUUUCUUUCUUUUCUUUUUCUUUUUUGCUCUCAUUCUUAAAAACAAUGUUUGUAUUUUGUGUAUAAUAGCCUUUGGUGCCUCAAGCUUUUAUUCAUUCCUUUUUAUCAGAAACUUUAUAUGAUGUUUUUAAUUUGAGGGAAUGGUGUUGAUUUCAGAAGGGGUAAGCUUUGGUUGUAUCGUUUUGAGGAGAUGCUCUGUUUCUCAUUUCAUUUUUUACAGGAUGUUGAAAUGGUGUGAAGGUUUGUAGCUUCAGAUUGUGUCCAUCAGCCUCCGUGUUUUUUUUUUGCGUAAGCGCUGCUGCUGAGGAGCGAUUUUUCGUAUUCAGGCAGAUGGUUAUCUGUUCCACCUCAAGAAUUGUCUUAAACAUAUAGAAAACAGAAAACAUGUCAGACAAGCUGCAAUUGUCAGUUUCCGUAAAUGGAACCACAAGCUAGGGCGUGGCCAGUUAUGUCACAUUCCAUAUCGAAUGGAGCUAAAAUAAUCGGAGCUAGAUUUAUUUUUACACCACACCCUCGUUUUCACGAAUUCAAAUUCCCCCCGUCACGGCUUGUGCUAUGCGAGGGGACACUCGCACUCUUUUUCUUCAACAUUGCAAACGUAUCUGUGAGUGAUAUACUGUCAGGGCGGAUGGGGGAAAAAACAAAAACCAACAUUUUGUUGUGAUGUAGCAGCAACCACAGGUGGACUGGAGACAUUGUCUGGUUUUCUGUUUGAUUGUACGGUUCUUCUCGUCAUUACAAAGAACGGAGACACACAGAUCAUAAUGGUGCUAACGGAUAGUCGGCCCAGUUCACAUGCUCCAACAGUGGCAAGAACAACACAACAGGUUUCUUUAUUGUUGUUGGUUUUCUUUUUAUGUAUGUAACAAUUUAAAGUUUUUUGUGCAUAUAUUUGUGUCAGUAUUUUUAAAUGGUACGUUAUUUAUUUUUUUCUAUAAUUUCUUACAUGAAGGCAUUUAUGGUUCGGAACAGCAUUCCUCUCAGUAGUUUUCUUUUUGGGGCUUUGUUUCUUUACCGGGCGAAGGCAUUGUGAAACAGUUAUGCAAAGCGGCUCAGCGUGAAGGAAGUUGGUCAUUUUUUUUUUUUACAAAUAACAGUGUGCAUUCAGAUUAUAGGCCUUAUAAUGGAAUACAUCUGCUUUUAUUUAAUUUAGUGGGUCAGAACGCUAAGUAUGACUAUAAGGUACCUGGGGCCCGAGCGUUGAUGGGCCCAGCCAAUGCAACCACGCUAAACAUCACAGCUUUCUCUUUCUCUCUCUCUCUCUCUCUCUCUCUCUCUCUGCCUCCCCUUUGCAUUGAAUGUAGUUUGAUAUAUGUAUAGUGGAUUAUUAUUAUUAUUACUGUACUGUUAAGAUGUGUGCUCAUUUGACAAUAAGUGCAAUUUAUACUUUGGUUAAUGUGCGUAGCAUCAAAUGCCGCUGAACUGUCACACGACCUGUGAUCUCCUUAGCUCCAUUUGUUCAGUCAUGCUGCCCCGUGUUACCACUACCUGGAAAAAGAAAAUGUUUAUUUACAAAGAAACCAUUAUGAACACGGACCUUUCAUUGAGUCUCAAAUGAUUAACUCUCCCUUCCCUCAUGUUUUAAAGUGAUUUUCCAAUACUUCAUAUUUAGGUUUUUCUUUUCAUCUUGUGUUUUGACAUCCGGACUUUGUUACAGUAUUUUGUUCUCACAUGGUGCUGUAUCUUUAGCAUGUGCAGCUACAUUUUUCUUAAUGAUUUUUUUAUUUGAUUGACUCUGUUUGCGUUUGUUUGAUGGUUGCGUUUCCUGGUUGAAGUUUCACAUUCUUGAUUAUUGUGCUGUUAGUGGAAGUGCCAAAAAUGUUAUUUUCUUGUCAGUAUUAGCAGGGCGACUGCACAUCUGGGUAUUCGUCAGUGCUCGGGGGUCUUUCGAAUUUCAGAACAAAGUGUCGCUUUGGCAUAAUUGACUAAUCUAGCGCAUUUUUCAAAAAGACAGCACUGGUUACUGGUGAGUAAUUGGAACAUCUCAUACUUCUGUACCCUUCCGAUGCACCGCAGCCUUACUGAAGUAACUAUUUUGCCACAUUCUCUCCAAAAUAAAAGACAGUUGUGGCUCAAAAUGCAAAGUAAAAUCCACUUUGUUGCUUUUUUGGGUCACAGCCUCCCAUUCGUUGUGUUGUGGCACAUGUUAAAUUUAUGUUCUGCAUUUGUGUUACUCUUUUCUUUUCUUUUUUUUACUCACUCGAUUGAUAUUUCUUUGAAGACCCUUGUGUUCACACAAUCUUAUAUUUGAAGUUGACAUUUCAUAUGACUGUACUGUUGGAGCCAAAUAAAUGCAGUCUUUCAAAUACA